AUGUUCAGAAAUCCUCGCGAGAACCGUACGCUACCCGAGUCAUCGCGAGUGACGCCAUCUACCGGCCGCGCCCCCUCGCCACCCCGCUCUCUGUCAAGAACCAUCGACAUGGCCUCCAAAACCGCGACGAAGAAGGCGAUGCCGAAGCCGAGCUCGAAGGCGGCGCCACCAAAGAAGGCUGUCAUUCAAACGACGCUCACACCGGCCGCGUUCGCGAAGAAAUCUCCCGCAAACAAUGCCAAGAAGCAGAAACCGGUUGGCACACCAAACGGCAAUAUCAAGGCGUUCUUCCAGAAAGCCGAGGAGAUCAACAGUCGCAUCUUUUUGCAGGAACGUGGGUCAAAUCCCACAAUUGUGUUCGACUGCAAUGAAGAGGACGAUGUUGGUUGGAGCGACGAGAAGAUCAAUGGCGUCAUGACUUCAGACAACGACGAGGAGCGUUACAAUGAGAACGGCGGGAGCGUCAAGCGGCGAAAAGUCAGCGAAGAAGUGGCAGCGCCCGUGCCAGCCUGUUCACCACCACCGCCUGCAGAUGCAGAAAGCAAUGCUCUAGAUGCGCUAGCCGUUGGUGCUCCCAAGCCACAGGCCAAGCUGCGAAAGAAGUCUGGACCAUUUGUGGAUGACUCAGACUCGGAAUCAGAUGAUGACAGUGCGGAGAUACCUAAUACUACUGCAGGUAUGGCCAUGCGGAGAAAGAGUGACGAGUCGUCAAUUACUAAACCAACCGAGUUCACAUUACCCAAGGAUAGCACCGAUCCUCCUAUUGCACAUCCACCCCCACCAUUUACGUCCGAAUAUACAUCUCAGUAUGGCGGCGAAGAACUUGGCGAUUUUGAGGACCUGGAAGAUGAUGAUUUGCUCGAGGGUGAGGAGUACGAUGAAAGGCGGUGGAUGAAGGAACAGCAGAAACUUGAGAUGGAAGAGGCAGGCUUUGAUGGCGACCCAGACGACUUUGACGCCCCACCUUUGUUUCCUGAAAGUGAUAGAACGGUCAUAAAGAAAGAAGAUACCGAUACCCAAGACGUACCCUCAUGCCCAAUAUGCGCCAAUAGCCUGCCUGGUUUGUCAGAGCAGGAUGUAUCUGUGCAUGUCAAUGCAUGCUUGGAUGGUAACCCACCCCCACUGCCUAACAUCAAGACGGAACAGGAAAACAAGCCAACUAUGACGAGCAAUGCAAAAGCGUUCAAGCGACCCGAGAGGCCAGCUAAACCUGGACAAGCCGAUCCAUUCCAACUUUCGGAGCCCAGUGCCCAGUCUGGUUCUGCCUUCUCAAAACUCAUGGCCGGCCAUGCUGAGGACGCUGCAUGGGCCACUGCCGCGGCCGAAAACAACAAGUCCCGAGGAAAGCCUGCGUAUCAACGCACCUGUCCGUUCUACAAGAUCAUGCCUGGUUUCUUCAUUGCCGUCGAUGCUUUUCGCUAUGGAGCGGUCAAGGGCCAGAACGCCUACUUUUUAAGUCAUUUUCACAGCGAUCACUACGUCGGCCUCACUGCCUCCUGGAAGCAUGGACCGAUAUAUUGCAGCAAAGUCACUGGCAACCUUGUACGGCAGCAGCUUCGUGUUGAUCCCAAGUGGGUUAUAGACCUAGACUUUGAGGAGAAGACAGAGGUGCCUGGGACAGAAGGUGUGUUUGUUACUAUGAUUUCAGCAAACCACUGCCCCGGCAGUUCUUUAUUCUUGUUCGAAAAGGAAAUUGGCAAAGGCAAGAACCCUAGACUGCAACGAGUGCUGCAUUGCGGCGACUUUCGCGCAUGUCAAGCACAUAUUGAGCAUCCGCUCCUCCGACCCAACGUUCUUGACGCUGUAAGUGGAAAGAAUCGCCAGCAAAAGCUCGAUGCUUGCUACCUCGAUACAACAUAUCUCAACCCAAAGUACGCCUUCCCACCGCAACAACAAGUCAUCCAAGCGUGUGCAGACAUGUGUGUCAGCCUCAGCAAGGUCCGCACCGACGAAUCAGACGGAUGGGAAAAGAUGAAGCGAGAACGCGCUGGACAAGGCAUGGUCAAGUUCGUACGCAAGGAGUCUGACCAAGACAACCCAGCGGAACCCAAGAGUCCAGAGCGCGGCCGUCUUCUCGUCGUCGUUGGCACAUACAGUAUCGGCAAAGAGCGUAUUUGUACCGGCAUCGCAAAGGCUUUGAACAGUAAGAUUUAUGCGCCUACCAACAAACAACGCAUCUGCAAGGCUCUCGAAGAUCCGGAGCUGGAUGCACUUCUAACAACCGAUCCUCGCGCAGCCCAAGUACAUAUGACACCGCUCUUUGAGAUUCGUGCAGACACCCUAGACGACUAUCUCCGCGAAUAUGCAGACAGUUUCACGCGCAUCGUCGGUUUCCGACCCUCGGGAUGGAACUAUCGUCCGCCCAAAGGUCGCUUUACUGAAUCGCCACAAGUACAGACUGUCCUUCAUUCCGACAACUGGAAAAGCACUUUUUCGAUGAAAGACCUGACACCACAAGCUGGGAGCGGGAGCCGAGCAAGCUGCUUCGGCGUCCCUUACAGUGAGCACAGCAGUUUCAGGGAAUUGACCAUGUUCUGCUGCGCAUUGCAUAUCGACAAGAUCAUCCCCACAGUCAACAUAGGUAGCGCGAAGAGUAGGGAGAAGAUGAAGGCCUGGUGUGAUAGGUGGGCUGCAGAUAAGAAGAAAAAUGGUUUAUUCAAACUGGAUGAAAACGGGGAGGGGUGGUGA